UCGAGUGACUUCUUCAACUGCCAACCAUUGUUGCAGAGUUCACCCAGCGAAGAUGUUCAAAGUUGCUUUUAUUUUCUGCGGACUGCUGGUGGCCCUAAUCCAGGCUCGUCCUAGUUACCUGCCCAGCUACGAGCACGUGGAGUAUGCUCCCAGUGUCGUGGGCUAUGAGAGCUAUGCCCUGCCUGCAGCAGUUUCCCACCAGAGUUCCACGGUCGUUCAUGAGAAGCGUCCCUACUGGCGUCCCAUUGUGAAUCACACUCCGAUUCUGAAGACAGCCUAUGCUCCUGCCACCUCGAUAUCAUAUGCCCCUCUGGGCUAUGCUGGCAGCAGUGCGGGAUGGUAUGAGCCCGGAAUCUGGGGUGGAGCUAGUUAUCCCAGCAUUUACCUCAAGUAGAUCAGCACACGCUAAAGGAACAACGAAUCUCAUGAUGCAUAUUUGCGUUUAAUUAUUUUCUUUAUUUUUCAAAAUUUUAAUUUUCACCGAAUUCGAUAAAUAAAAGUUCAACUCAAUGUAAAAUA